AUGCACCCAUGCGCUCACACCUUGAACAAGUGUACAAGGCCACCAACAUUUUUGCCAUUUGCGGUUUCUAUUACGAGACGGCUUCUGCUUCAACCGAGAUGGUCUACCCUGCUUCGACGGUAUGCAUCUGUCUCCGCCGUCGAGCUCCGAUUCGGUCAACCUCUUCAUGAGACCCAUCCACAUCUAUUAAAAGCUGGAGAGCUCACUCCUGGAAUCACAGCACUUGAAUAUGCCCAACGCCGCUCAAAGCUUGCCGCAAACCUUCCGAAGAAUGCCAUUGCCAUCCUGGCUGCCUCGGAGAUUAAGUACAGAUCUGGCGCGGUCUUCCACGAGUUUCAUCAGGACUCUAACUUCUUCUAUCUAACGGGCUUCAACGAACCGGAAGCUGUUGCAGUUAUAGGGAAGAGCAUUGACGGGGAUGACCACACGUUUCACCUUUUCGUGCGGGAGAAGGAUGCAAAGGCCGAGCAAUGGGAUGGUGUGAGAUCAGGGACACGGGCAGCCCUGGAUGUCUUCAAUGCAGAUGAGACCGGGGACAUCAACCAAAUCUCGAGCCUCCUGGCGCCCAUUGUCCAAGAAGCAUCAAAGAUCUACACCGACCUCAUCUCCGAGCCAAAGAAUAAGUCCUUUUUCUCCCGUUUCCUCUAUGACCAAUCGCCGAAAGCCGAAGGUCUCGCAAAGGUCCUCAAGUCUAAGUCUAGCAACACGCUGCCGCUGAAGGACGUUCUCAAUGGAUUCCGAAACCUCAAGAGCGAUGCCGAGAUUGCGAACAUGCGGAAGGCGGGCCAAGCGUCAGGAAGAGCAUACACAGAUGCCAUGCGGCGAGCAUGGAAGAAGGAGAAGGACUUGGCUGCAUAUCUGGAUUAUCAAUUCAGGACGCGAGGGUGUGACUGCUCGGCUUACAUACCGGUGGUAGCAGGUGGUCAGAACGCCAGCAUUAUUCACUACACCCAGAACGAUCAUCUCCUGAAAGAUGGCCAGAUGGUGCUAGUAGACGCAGGUGGCGAAUGUGGCGGCUAUAUAACAGACAUCACACGGACAUGGCCCGUAUCAGGCACCUUCACUCCCGCCCAAAAAGACCUCUACAACGCCGUCCUCACCACGCAGCGCCAGUGCAUCUCCCUCUGCCGCGCCAACGCCAAUGUCUCCCUCGAUGAGUUGCACAACAUUGCAGGGACAACUUUGACAGAUCAAUUAAAGCAGCUGGGCUUUGACACGUCCGGCAACGCUCUCGACGCGCUCUUCCCCCACCAUCUAGGCCACUACAUCGGCCUAGACGUCCACGAUACUCCCGGCCAGUCUCGAAAAACGAAGCUGCAGUCGAGGCAGUGCGUCACCAUCGAGCCUGGCCUCUACAUCCCCAACACGGAAGCGUACCCGGCCCCUUUCCGCGGCAUGGGCAUCCGCAUCGAAGACAGCGUGUGCGUGCAGGAAGAGCACCCGCUCGUGCUGACCACCGAGGCCGUCAAGGAGGUCGUGGACAUCGAGGCCCUCAGGAACUAG